AUGGCGACUCCAGACGCAAAGCCUAGACUUGACAAGAAAGUCUCGGGUGCACCUGACACUCCCUUGAAAAAGGGCCAAGCUCUUAAAAAAUCUUUACCAGAAAGGAAGAAGCCGGAAUUGUCCAAAAAGACAACUCCUGCGCGGAAGGCGACCGCCGAGUCCAAAUCCAACGGCAUUCCGACGGAAUCGUCGAAGCCUCCAGGUUUGAAGAAUUUGUCUCCGGCACCUGCUUCACCUCAAAAGCCACAAAAAGCGACUGAAAAGGUUCCAAAGCAAAAGGAGGUCGAGGCAGACGAUGAAGUGGAGCUUGAGGACGCGGAUGUACCAACCGAGUCAAACGAAGACAAUGAAGGCCCGCUAGAGUUGGUCGACAAUGAAACAAGCUCAAUUGAAGGAGAAGAUGAAGUGAACGGGGAACAGCGAGAUGACGCCGCAAAGGAGUCACCGCAGGCUUCUGGAUCAACGGGAAAAUCAUACUUCCAACGUGGCAAAGAUGCUGCCUCGGGUCUUGCAACAUUUGCGAAUAAGGCCAACAAGUUCCAUUCUCAAUUGCCUGACUCUGUAAAGGAAAAAGCAGCAAGUGGCGCGCAGACGGGUGUGCAGAGCAUCACGACCACACUUCAGCCAGCUGCUGAUGGAGCGGGAGGCGAAGUUCGAGAGAUCACGGAGAAAGCUCCACCUCUACCCACCGAUUUGUCUGCUCUGUCUGGACUUGAGGUUGGAGAAGACGGAAUGAUCCUCGAUGACGACGGCAAUCAAAUUGGCCGACUAGCUGAGGGUGAGGCCGAAAAUCUUGCCGGUCAUACUGUUGGUGAAAAUGGAGAGAUUUUUGAUGAGGAUGGUGAUCUGAUUGGGCGUGUGGAGCUUCUCAGCGAAGAAGUGGCUGGGAAGACCGAAGCACUCCCUGACCAAGCAGCCCUAGGCUUGAAAGACCUCGCAAACUUGCCUCUAGCGGAAGACGGCUCAGUCAAAGACCCAUCUGGUCGAGUGUUGGGGAAGCUCGUCGAAGGCAAUCCUGAUGAGCUGGUGGGUUGGACUGUGGAUGAAAAUGGCGAGAUUCUUGAUGACGACGGCGAUUUAGUCGGCCGUGUCGAGCUACUUUCUUCUGAAGAGUCUGGCGAGCAACUUGACCAAGUGAAAGAUUCCGUCGGCGAGUCGCUGCCAGGAAUUUCCAUCCUCAAGGAUAAACCCAUCAAUGAUGAAGGCAAGAUACUGGAUGAAGAUGGUGGCGUCCUUGGUCAGAUUAAAGAAGACCUAGACCCUGAAGCCUUGGCCGGAAAAAUACCUAAUGAACAAGGCCAGAUCCUGAAUGAUGAUGGCGAGAUCAUAGGAGAAGUGGAGGUGGUAGCUGGGGAGGUUGCCGAUAAAGCAAUGGCAAUGCAGCAAGAAACGGCACAAGGGGUCGAACACGAUAUCUCAAUUCUCGAUGGCCUCCAAGUCAAUGAAGAAGGACAAAUAGUCGAUCCAAGUGGAACUGUACUUGGUGAAUUGGAGGACGGUGAUCUAUCAGAAAACAUUGGUAACACUGUGAACGAAAAGGGCUUGGUCCUAGACGAAGAUGGCAAUAUUCUAGGCAAAGCUCGAUUGGUUACCAAAGAGUCCAUGGAAGAGCCUGAAAAAACUGCCGAAGAUACCAUCCCGGAACUACCACCCCUCUCCACGCUUGAAGGCUUCAAGUGCAACAAACUUGGCAAGAUUAUCAAUAGCGAUGGGAUCCCCGUUGGGGAACUUGUCGAGGGUGACCCCAAAAAGCUCUCUCGAGACGGUGUCGAGCUUGACGACCAAGGCCAAUUCUGGGAUAAUCGAGGAAAUGUCAUCGGCAGAGCUCAGACUCUUCCUGUGGAAGACGAGGAAGAGAAGGGUCCAUUCGCGGAAUUUGAAGAGCCUUUCGUUGCUGAGGAAGGCUGGGUCCACGACGCCAACGGAAACAAAGUGGGACAAGUUGUCGAAGGUGAAGUUGGAAAACUUCUUGGAAGAGCUGUUGAUGAUGAUGGUGAUAUCCUUGACAAACGAGGCAACCUUCUGGGAAGAGCAGAACCCUGGGAAGAACCCGAGCCCGAACCGGAAGAAGCCGUCGAUCUUUCAGAAUUGGAAGGCCUGACCCCGAAUAAGAUUGGAAACGUGAUGGGUCCAGAUGGAGUCCCUGUUGCUCAAGUCAGCGAAGGUGAUCCUAAAGUAUUGGCCGGCAGGAAGAUUGAUGCCGAAGGCCAAAUUUGGGGGGAUGGUGGCCAAGUUAUUGGGCGGGUUACUCUGAUUCCCGAGAAUGAACGCGAGACCAUCACGCCUUUUGGAGGUAUGGGAGAUCUGGUGGUUCGAAAAACCGGGUUCGUGGAGGAUGAAUCUGGUGAUGUUGUCGGCAAGGUUAUUGAAGGAGAUCCUCAACAAUUGCAAGGCUUCCUUGUGGACGAUGAUGGGGAUAUUCUCGAUAAACGAGGCAAUGUCAAGGGACGGGCUGAGCCCUAUACUCCACCCGAAGAAGAGGAAGAAGAAAAACAAGAUCUAUCCAGUCUUGAAGGCAUGAAGGUCAACAAACUAGGAAAUGUCGUUGAUGAAAAUGGAUCCGUGUGGGGACGUCUCAUCUCUGGCAAUCCCAAGAAGCUUGCUGGCAAGCAAGUCGACGCUGAAGGUCAAGUCUGGAGUGAUGAUGGAAAAGUGCUCGGCUCUGUCGAACUGAUUCCUGAAUCAGAGAGAGAGCAGCCAGAGGGUAUUUUCUAUGGGCUUGAGGGCCUAGUGGUCACCAAAGACGGCACCAUUACCGAUUCCACCGGUCAGAUCGUCGGGAGACUCAUUGAAGGAGAUGCCCUCCGAUUGAAAGGCCGAGCCGUCGACGAAGAUGGAGAAGUGAUCGACAAACUUGGAAACGUCAUCGGUCGGUCAGAGCCUUGGACUCCAGAGGAAAAGCCGCGCGAUAUCAAUCCAAUGAGUGGCCGGAAGGUCAACCGAGACGGAGAAGUGCGUGACGAAGAUGGCAACCUCAUCGGUAAACUCACGGAGGGCAACCUGAAGUCUCUGGUUGGGAAAACCAUUGAUGACAAUGGCUACAUCGUGGAUAACGAUGGCAACAAGAUCGGCGAAUGCACCCUGCUAGAGCAGUUGCCUGAGCCCGAGCCCGAGCCCGAACAAGAAGAGCCUGAGUUGUCUCCAGAGGAACUUGAACAGAAGGAAAAGGAGGAACAUGAUCGAGAUUUAGCAAAGAAGAUGUGUUCAAUUGUGCAACAGACGCUGGAUUCCGUUGAACCUCUAUGCAAGCAGAUCACUGAGCAUAUUGAGCGGGCAGAUCGAACACCCCGCGACGAGCUUGAUGAAGAACAGUUAGUCAAGACAGUGAAGCCUAUCAUUGAACAAGCCGGAAGUAUGCUGCAAGAAUGCAAGGGAGCCCUUCGAGGUCUGGACCCGGAUGGACAAAUUGCAGCCUCCGCCAAAGCCCGGAGUGUAUCGCGCGAUGCAACACCGGAAGAAUACCAGCUGGCAGAUCUUUUGAAGCAACUCUCGCAGACGAUCUCCACCACCAUUGAGAAUGGUCGUCGGCGCAUCGCUGACAUGCCUCAUGCAAAGAAGAAGAUCAAUCCACUUUGGUAUUUGCUGUCCGAACCUCUGUUCCAGAUCAUUGCAGCCGUUGGCUUGCUCCUAAGUGGGGUUGUGGGACUUCUUGGUAAACUCCUUGAUGGUCUUGGUCUUGGAGGUCUUGUUCGAGGGCUUCUUGGUGGGUUGGGAAUUGACAACCUUCUCAGUGGUCUUGGUCUGGGCAAUGUCGGUGGGAAGUUGGGUUUGUCUGGUUGA